AUGAAAUUGUUCUUGUUAUUUAUAUCAAAAUUGAUAUUCUGUUCAUCGAAUGAAACAAAAGCAAAGUUAACGUUGGACGAUUAUUUCGAUUUUACAAAUUAUCCUUCGAUAAACUUUUCUCCCAACGAUCAACAUCUGCUGAUUCAAUUGAAACGUCCAUUAUGGAAUUCGGAUUCUUAUGAGAAUAGUUUAUGGCUCUAUAACACCGAAACUAAGAUCAAGCAGUUAAUUACAAGUGCACUUUCCACAUCGAUAAAACCGCAAUGGUCACCGAGUGGAAGCUGGAUUGCUUGUUCACUAAACAAAAGUCCUUUAUCUGAAGAGCAAUCAAAUCCGAAUGAAUUUCUUUACUUGUAUUCAGUUGUGUCAAACGAAUGGUUUCCUAUUCACAUCGGCAAAGUGUUUUUAUUAACUUUCACAUGGUCAAGUGAUGAUUCCUCUCUUUACAUUGUUACACUUACAAAAGAAGAUCAAACUUUGCAGGAGAUCGAAUGGAAAGAUGUAAUCCAAUAUCGACCAUCUAAAUCGAAUGAUGGCAGUGCAAUUUAUCGUAUUGAUAUCGAAAAGAAUAAUCGGACAAUAUCGACGAGCAGAUCUUUUAUAAAAAAUCUUCCGUUUUUAAUAACAGAAUUAUUAUUUAUUCCAUUCGAAGAACAACUUGUAUUCGUUUCUUCGUCAUCACUUAUUGAAAAAAUGGAAAAGAUCGAGAUGUAUUCUCUUGACCUGCAAAAUCGAUCGAGUCUAUUAAGAUUAACAACCAAUGAUCUGUGGGAAAACGAUUUACGGUUAUCAGACGACAAAAAGCACGUACUGUUCUUAGCUUUCAAUAAAGAGUUGACUGACGGAAGAUUGAAUAGUGUUCAACAGCGAUUGUAUUCAUUAGAUUUGACCAAUGGACAUAUCGAACGUUUUGGAAAAGAUUUUCAUGGAAAUAUCGCAGGAUAUAUGACCAAAGUCGACGGCGGAGUUUACAUUUUAGGGCAACUUGGUACAGAAACUCAGAUUUACACGCAACAAUCGCCAACAGACAGGAUGGUAUGGCACCAAGGAUGGAAUGGAACUUACGAACGAAUUUCUUCACCAUCGAAACGGAAUGGUUCGAUUGCAUUUAUCUAUUCAUCAUUUGAACGACCAAAAGAAGUUUAUCUCACUGAUAAUAUCGAUAAAUUGCAAUCAGCAAAGGCAAUAACAAAUGAAAAUAAACUGUUUACGGAGCGAGAGUUACCAAAAGCGCAAAUUUAUCACUGGAAAAAUCGCGAAGAUCAACGAACGAUCGAAGGCAUUCUUCAUUAUCCACCGGGACAAUUUCACUCGAAAAAUCUGCCACUGCUCGUUCUUGUUCAUGGCGGUCCAGGACCUGCUAGUACUAAUUCAUUUACUGCCGACUGGUACACUUGGGCACCAUUGGCAGCAUCAGAAGGUUGGCUUGUUUUCGAACCUAACUACCGAGGUACAUUCNGAUACAACAGCAAAUGA